AUGUACAGUUCACUCGCAGUGCGACCGCGAUAUGAAGCGACGGAACAGUACCACGUAAAAGAAAGCUCAGAAGUCUACACAAAAGAUCAGUUGCUCGCAGUACUCCAGCAAAUGUGCCCGGAUGCGCUGGCCAAGUUCCCUCCCCCUGCCUACGAUAGAACAAUUCGAGAGAACAAGAUUCGAAGAAACGAAAUCGGACUCUACUAUACAACAACUGAGGACGCUUAUCGUAACAGAUACGUCAAGAACGCGAAAAACAUCAAAGGCGACAAUGUCUUCAGCAAGCUCACGAACGACGGCACAACCUCACCUUUCCCUCUUACCAUGAAAGCACUCCUGCGCUUCGUGCUUCUAUAUUGCGAUCGUGCAACAGACUACAGAACCUUCGAGAAUAAAGGUGGAAACAAGGCAGGACUUGAGCCACUUGUUCGCGCGCUGAGAAAGGUCGCCAAGCGUACAGCAACUGCAGAAGAGGAAGGUAGCGGAACCGCGUUGGAGGAGAUCGAUGCAGGAGCAGCUGCAACUGAAGAAGAAGGCGACCCCUCAGCGAUGGAAGAUGGCACUGGAGCACUGGUCAGUCGCGAGGACAAGAAGAGGAAGGGCGCCGUAGACGGAGAGCUCGUCGAGCGCACACCCGCAAAGAGCCGCGCUUGCAUGGAUGAGCUCGAUUUGCUAUUCGUAGACGUUGCCACCAACCGAAAGCUUACGUACUCCCAAUUCCGGUGGAGUGCUGAACGAUUCGGGAACGGCCUUCAGGAAAAAUGGGGUUGGCGCAAAGGCGACGUUUUGGCCAUGAUGACGCCAAACCAUAUCGAUGUCGCGCCCGCUACUUUCGGGGUACAACUAGUAGGAGGAGUUGUGUGUCCUCUGAACUUCCUAUACACGGUCGAAGAGCUGGUGUCUCAACUGACAUCUUCGAAAGCCAAAGGGUUGUUGACAAACACAGCAUGCCUUGACGUGGCCUGCAAAGCAGCAUCGAAGGUUGGCCUUCCUCUGGAUCGUAUACUUCUGGUUGGAGACGACAAGACGACGACGAACGGCGUCCGGCACUUUUCAGCCCUGGAUGGCUUGUCGAAGAGUGUGCAGCGGGUCAAGAUUGAUCCCAAGGAAGAUCUGGCAUAUCUGGUGUACUCAUCUGGAACCACUGGCGUUCCAAAGGGUGUUAUGUUGACGCAUGAAAACAUUGUUGCAAACAUUACUCAAGGAACUACAGCAGGCCAUAGCCAGGAUUGGAAAACGGACAAGAGUGUUGGCUUCCUACCCAUGUAUCACAUUUACGGCAUCGCUGCCCUCUUGCUGACACCCAUCUACUAUGGUGCGACAGCAUACGUCAUGCAAGGUUUUGAUCUUCAGAAAUUCUGCGAGACGGUGGAUCACGAGAAAAUCACAAUUGCAUGGAUCGUUCCGCCUGUUGCACUCGCGUUAGCGAAGGCCCCUAUAGUCGACCAGUAUAGCUUCAAGUCGCUGCGCGACAUACAGUCCGCCGCUGCUCCAACACCUGUGGAAAUCAUCACCGCGGUGCACAGACGCCUAGGUGCUCCAAUACGUCAGGCCUAUGGGCUCUCCGAAGCCGCGCCCGCUGUGUGCUUGCAACGCAUUGAAGAUUGGAACAACCCGAUUGGCACAUGCGGACGCUUAAUACCCAACAUGUCGGCGAAGAUUAUCGCUGAUGGAAAAGAAGUAGCAGCAGGCGGCGGAGACGGCGAAUUAUGUCUCAAAGGCCCCAACAUCUUCAAGGGGUACUACAACAACGCCGAAGCUACGGCUGGAGCUUUCGACGCAGACGGAUGGUAUCACACGGGUGAUGUUGGAAGGUUCGAUGAGCACGGCAAUUUAUACAUUACCGAUCGCCUCAAGGAACUCAUCAAGUAUAAUGGCUUUCAGGUUGCGCCUGCGGAGCUCGAAGCUCUCUUGAUCGGUCAUCCGGCGGUCGCUGAUGUUGCCGUCAUCGGCGUGUAUGCUGAAUCGAGGGUGACCGAGUUACCGAGAGCGUACAUCGUUGGUGCGCCGGGGUAUGAGUGUGAUGAUAAGCUGGCGGAAGAGCUUCAUAAGUGGUUAAAUGAGCGGGUAGCGCCACACAAAAAGCUUAGAGGUGGUAUUCGAUUCGUGGAUGCGGUGCCGAAGAGCAAUGCUGGCAAGAUACUCAGGAGGGUACUUGUCGAGCGAGCAAAGGCAGAGGAGGCAGAAAAGCCUGUCAAAGCUCGCUUAUGA